GAAUUUGUAAAGAAGCGGUUCUCGUAAUUUUUCUUCGGAAGUUGUCAAAGAACCGGCAGAUCCUCGCUGCUCUUGCAUUCGCUCACUACGGUAACACUCUAUCAUCUCCAUCUCUGUUUUGAAUUCGAGAUUCGAACUCAAAGAUUUCGUUUUGGAGGAUUGCAAUCUUUUCAAUCAAAAAAAAAAAGUAAAAAGAUUGUAAAAUUGAUCGUUGAUUGGGUGCGGAUGAUCUUUGGUCUUCUUGAGCUUAACUUGGGUUGACAUCAGUUUACUGUUUUAAGAGAUGAAAACCCACAAGGCAUAUAACUUUUCUAGGGUUUAGGGUAAUUAUAUUUUAGGAUCAAUCUUCUCGAAAAGGAAGAAAAAUUGAAGCUUGCUAUGUCUCUUUACCUUGAGAUAUGAGAAUCACAGGUCAAAUUAUGUUCUUGAUAGAUUCAGUUGUUGAGUUCAUGUGUGGUGUUGGAAGAAGUCAAAACUCUAGUUCUAGAUAUAAGCUUGAAAUUUGGACAUGAUUUUGUAGAUGUAAGCUUGAAAAUGGUUUAGGAGAGAUGUUACUAGAUGCUUCCUUAUGCCUUCUCUGAGACUUUAACAUUUUGUUGACACUUUUGUUCUUUUUUAUCUACAUCUUUUGAAUCAUUUGUUUAAAGCUUUUGCUUAACUCAAAAGUAAUUUGUCUCAGCUUUUGCUUAAUGGUGCCUUUUUCCUCUGGCAAACAGAUCUCAGACUACAGUUACCAAGAUGGUGUACGAAAUAACUGAGCAAAAAAAAGUUGGGUUGGGCCUCAUUGGUUUUGGUUUAUCCUUUACGUUUCUCGGAGUCAUCUUGUACUUUGACAGAGGUUUGCUCGCUCUAGGAAACUUAUUCUGGUUGAUAGGUGUUGGCCUUUUACUUGGUUGGCAGUCGACUUGGAGAGUAUUUACAAAUGUUAAUAACUUGAGGGGGACUAUCUGUUUCGUCCUUGGACUCUUUCUAAUAUUUGUACGUUGGCCCAUUAUCGGCAUUAUCUUGGAGAUAUACGGUGUCAUUGUCCUAUUCGGCGGAUUUUGGUCAACAGUAAAGGCAUUUCUUUCCCAGAUUCCUUUUGUCGGAUGGAUAAUACAGUAUCCUCUCAUGGUUCUUGAGCAACUUGUAAGAGGUGCUCGUUGAAAAAGAUCAAUCUCAAUCUCAUGGCUCUUCAGCCGCUUAACGACAUCAAAGCCUUUCUUUCUUUUUUGGGACAUGACAGAGACUUUGCUCUGUUUUUUGUUUUUUUGGUAAACCUCACCUUUGCUCUGUUUUACAUGUCUAAUUUUGCUGUAUAUGCCAAAAUACAUUUUCCCUUAAAUUGAUUUAUCUUCUCGUUAAGCAAGUAUUUUCAACUAUAACUCCAAUCUUGUGCCAAAUUUAAUCAAAUUCAG